AUGGCCACCACAGGCUGCGUUCCGCCUGGGACCUGCCCCUUUGGAGAACCAAGUGGACAGCAGGUCCUCCUCCAACCUGAGCUGACAGAUGCCCACCCGCCCUCCACACGGCCACUGAUGCCACCCUGGGUCGUGUGGGCAGGAGCAGGAGGCAGUGCUCUCGGGAGGUGCCAAAUCCCCCCAGGGAAGCUCCACCUGGGCCCUGACGGUUGCUCAGCUGCCUCCACCAGAGCACACUCUCUGAGCAGGGCUGCUGCGGGCCCCGGGGGCAGGAUGGUACCAGGCAGGUGGGUGGGCACUGGCCUGCAAGCCUCUUGGCGUGGAGCCUGGUGA